CAGUGAGGGGAGAAAAGGAGAAAAAACCAAAGACAGACAGUAGGAGAAGGUUGUGGCAGCCAUUUUCUUCCUUCAGUCAAAACUUUACGGAGGUUAGUGAUCAAUUAGGGCUUCGAGGGGCUUUGAUGGAUAGUCUCGUAGAUGCACUAAGCAGUGCAUAUCAAGACUUUGUUGCAGCAUCAGCUGUUGUACUUGAAUCAAAGGAGAGUUCUAAUGGUCAGAAAACAGCAGCGACUGAUGCUGCAUUAGAAAACUUUAAGCAAAAAUGGGAAUUGUUCAGGGUUGCGUGUGAUCAGGCAGAGGAGUUUGUGGAGUCGGUUAAGCAAAGAAUUGGCUCCGAGUGUCUCGUGGAUGAGGCUACAGGCACUGUUUCGGGGAAGCCUGGGCAACCAGCUGCAAGUGGCCUUCAACCCAUUAGUGCUGUUAGGUUGGAGCAGAUGAGUAAAGCUGUAAGGUGGCUAGUGAUAGAACUGCAACAUGGUUCUGGAGCAAAUAAUGCUUCAGCGGUACAUCCCAAUCCUUCUGCUCCAUUUGAUGCCAGAUUUUCUGAAGAUGCAGCGCAAUAGGUAACUAUAAAGUCUGGUGAUCAGCAGGGAGCCUCAGUAAGCUGUUAGAGUUGUAUGUUUGAUGUAUGAAGUCAUGUUGUAACGCUGUAGAAGAAAUGCUUGGAAAAUGAUAUUUCUCAACCACCUCUACCGCCUCCCUCCCUACCCACUUAUGAGAAGAUCUGGCUAGUUUAUGUUUGUAUUUUCAAGGCUCAGAGAUUUACUUUUAUCGCAGUAUGAGCUACUAUUGCACUGUUAGCGUUAUAUAGAUCUCGAAUCCAUGUUCCCCUAUGUGUAAGCAUACCAACAUAUACAAACAGGCUGUAUGUUUGUGUCUGCUAUGUAUAUGUUCUCAAGUAUUUAAGUUUAUAAUCUAUUUUCUUUAGGAAAUAUAUCUCUAAUCUUGCAAA